AAAAAAGAAGACAACGUUCACCUUUCACUAUGUUGCUCUUGAACCAGGACCAGGAGUGAAAGUUACUGGGAGAUAACUCCGAAGGAUUUUGCAACCCAUUCGAGCUGUCCGACUCUGAGAAUGGAAGUAACAGCUAGCAGUCGCCACUAUGUUGACAGGCUAUUUGACCCUGAUCCCCAGAGAGUUCUGCAAGGUGUCAUAGACAUGAAAAAUGCUGUAAUUGGAAACAACAAGCAGAAAGCCAAUCUCAUAGUUUUAGGAGCUGUUCCAAGAUUAUUGUACUUGCUUCAGCAAGAAACCUCAAGCACGGAGCUGAAAACUGAAUGUGCAGUGGUACUGGGAAGUCUUGCUAUGGGUACUGAAAACAAUGUCAAGUCUCUACUGGACUGCCAUAUUAUCCCUGCCUUACUGCAAGGACUCUUGUCCCCAGACCUGAAGUUUAUUGAAGCUUGCCUCCGGUGCCUGCGUACCAUCUUCACCAGUCCCGUCACUCCAGAGGAGCUACUAUAUACAGAUGCCACAGUGAUCCCACACCUCAUGGCACUGCUCAGCAGGUCCCGCCACACCCAGGAGUACAUCUGCCAGAUCUUCUCACACUGCUGUAAAGGGCCAGAUCAUCAAACAAUUUUAUUUAACCAUGGUGCAGUUCAGAAUAUUGCUCACCUGCUAACCUCACUGUCCUACAAAGUUCGAAUGCAAGCACUGAAAUGCUUCUCAGUUUUAGCUUUUGAAAACCCCCAAGUAUCGAUGACCCUGGUAAAUGUUUUGGUUGAUGGUGAAUUGUUACCCCAGAUUUUUGUGAAGAUGUUACAGAGGGAUAAGCCCAUUGAGAUGCAGCUCACAUCAGCAAAAUGUUUAACUUACAUGUGUAGAGCUGGAGCAAUUCGAACAGAUGACAACUGUAUUGUAUUAAAGACCUUGCCUUGUUUGGUUCGAAUGUGCAGUAAGGAGAGAUUGCUGGAGGAGCGAGUUGAAGGAGCUGAGACACUUGCCUACCUGAUCGAGCCGGAUGUUGAGCUGCAGAGAAUUGCGAGCAUAACCGAUCACCUCAUCGCCAUGCUUGCCGACUACUUCAAGUAUCCCAGCUCAGUGAGUGCCAUCACUGAUAUUAAAAGGCUUGAUCAUGAUUUAAAACACGCUCACGAACUCCGCCAGGCUGCAUUCAAGCUCUAUGCCUCUCUUGGAGCAAACGAUGAAGACAUCCGGAAGAAGAUCAUUGAGACUGAAAAUAUGAUGGACCGAAUUGUGACUGGCUUGUCUGAGUCUAGUGUCAAGGUGCGGUUAGCUGCCGUCAGAUGUUUGCACAGUUUAUCAAGAUCUGUACAGCAGCUUCGAACCAGUUUCCAGGAUCAUGCUGUGUGGAAACCUUUAAUGAAGGUUUUGCAAAAUGCACCAGAUGAAAUCCUAGUAGUAGCGUCUUCCAUGCUAUGUAAUCUUCUUCUUGAAUUUUCUCCAAGCAAAGAGCCGAUUUUAGAAUCAGGAGCCGUAGAGUUACUUUGUGGAUUAACCCAGAGUGAAAAUCCCGCUUUACGAGUGAAUGGAAUAUGGGCUUUAAUGAAUAUGGCAUUUCAAGCUGAACAAAAAAUAAAAGCAGAUAUCUUACGAAGCUUGAGCACCGAACAGCUAUUCCGAUUAUUAUCAGAUUCAGAUUUGAAUGUGCUGAUGAAGACAUUGGGACUUCUUAGAAACCUCCUGUCUACUCGACCUCACAUAGAUAAAAUCAUGAGUACUCAUGGAAAGCAGAUUAUGCAAGCCGUCACCCUUAUUCUGGAAGGGGAACAUGACAUUGAGGUCAAAGAGCAGACACUGUGCAUCUUAGCCAACAUAGCAGAUGGGACAACAGCAAAAGAGCUUAUUAUGACCAACGAUGAUGUCCUGCAGAAAAUCAAGUAUUACAUGGGUCAUUCGCAUGUCAAACUGCAGCUUGCCGCUAUGUUUUGCAUAUCAAACCUCAUAUGGAACGAAGAGGAAGGUUCGCAGGAACGCCAGGACAAGUUGCGAGACAUGGGCAUUGUAGACAUCCUGCACAAGCUGAGUCAGUCACCAGAUUCAAGCCUUUGUGACAAGGCAAAGACGGCGCUGCAGCAGUACCUGGCGUGACGGGAGCGCCCCCUGGCAGCUGUGAGCACCACAUCCUUGUUUAAGGAAGUUCAGGAACUAGCCUCAUUCGAUUCCUUCUAUUUGCACAAGUCACCUUGGACUGCAGGGAGCUGUUUUGCAAGAGCAAUUUCGUAGGCUUAGGUCUCAGAUUCGUCGUGAGAACAUUCUUUAGAGGGAGCGCUUUCCUCAGAGGACUCUUGUGUUUUGUCUUGGUUUUUUUCUGAGCUACCUGGACUCUUUUAUUAGAACAAUCAGUCAUUUUCCUUUGGACCUACAAUUUUUUGCCUAUGCUGCAGCCACUUUGUGUGUGAAAAUGAACAUGUCUGUGUGGACACACAGGCGCCACGUGUGUGUGUGUGCAUGCACGUGGGCCGGAGUGGAUGGGGGUGUGUAUGUGUGUGUGAGGGAUACUUCAGAUUUUUCUUUUCUUAUUUUGUGUGAAAAUCUCUUUUCUACAGAUUUUCCAGGGUUUAAGCAUUGCUUGCUGUAUAAAAAACUUUACUGAAUUAUAUACAGUUUGAAUGAAAUGUUAUUUUAAAAACAAAACAAUUGUUAAGUGUUCCAUAAAGGUUAUGUUGAAUUUUGGUCAGAUGAAUAUUUGUAAGUAAAAAAUAUAUGCAUUUCUGAACCUCAACUUACAUAGAUUUUCUUUAUAUAUAUAUAAAAAAAAGAAAAAGUUGGCUAUAGUUGGCCUGAAUAACAGGCACUAUACAUGGUGCUGUGCAAAAUAGUAAGCUAGCACUUACUGCCGUCAACAUUAGCAGGUACAAGAGCCUUUUUUCAGCCUAAUUCAACACGUUCUCAGGCUUCCAAGUCAGACGGACAGGGAGGAAUACAGUGAGGCGACAGAUUCACUGCACCACUGCGGGCUUUUGGAAACAUCACAGGGAGACCUGACUGCUGUUAGCGAGAGCCCAGCCAAGACCUGGUGGGCUGCGCGGGGCGGGCAUGGGGGACCGAGAGCCUCCUGACUGCCCGAAUCCUGCCGUUGGAACCUUACGCGCCGGCUAAAAACAGGUCAUCGCUUCCUGGAAACAGAUCACCUUGUGCUUCCUGAAACAGCAUACAUCACUGUGAAACUAAAGAACGUUUGACAGACACAUCUGUAGAAAGAAGCAGAGAAAAGGGUAAUUUAGAAAGCGGUCUUCUCUUAGCUGUACGCUGCCAAUGUCAUGCUAGUCGCUCAGGAUUGCUCGCUGGUGUGCUUUGGUAAAAGGAGUUGGACGUUUGAGUAGACGGUGCAGCAGCGAUCCUUUCCUGCGCGAAGCUGAAAGUGCUCAAGUUGGAGGAAGGGAAGCGACUCUCCCCAGGACGACAGGAGGCGACUGCUUUCUACAGCGAGGACGGUCAGCUCUUCUGCAGCCCACAGCACCUGCUCCGACUUCUGGGUCAGCUGCCCGGUGAACUCAACAGAGGUGGCCCUCGACUGUUCGCAGAGCCGGCCCGCCUCCCCCUUUGCUCGAAGAAGGCCGGCGGCGUCACCGCCAGGAUGCAGGCUCUGUGCUCCAGACGCCGGCGGUGAGUGUGUGCCGCUGCCGGGCCCAGGCCCGCCCAGCCGCUCCCGACGGGCUGCGCGCGCUGCAGCUUCCCGUCUCUACCCUGCACCUUCCCUGGAAGACUUAAGUGUGUUUGGUUGCAAACGAAUGUUUUAAGAUGUAUUUCCUGCGGUUUCUCCUGCCCUCAACAUAGCCACCCAGGAUUCACAUGCAGAUUUCCAGGUGGUUAUGUUUUCAGAACAUCACUGGCUUUGAGAUCUGCCACAACAGGACUUGGGGCCUGUGCAGAUAGCAGAGUGCUGAUGUGAGGAAACCUGUUCAGAGAAAACCUCGUUUAUUGAAAAUAAAGCCUUAAUUAGGCCACGCGUUUCUAGUACUGCGAAAAUACCCUUGGCUGGCAUUUGUAACUCGAAACACUAGUGUUGGUAUUGAAAAGUACCAGCUAGUAGAAAAAGCCAAUAGUGAACUGCUGAGACAAUCUUGAACCCAAAUAGCGUUAAAACUUGAAGGCCCAGCGUGAUGACGCUUUCCACACAUGAGCUCUGUAGGCAAACCUUGCCUGUGGGCACAGACAGAAGGUCAGAUAAAAAAUACUUUACUGUAGUUAGCUUUUCUGAUUUGAAUGAAGGGAAACGUAUUUAUUAAAGCAAAGCUGUUUGCUGCUCCACGCAGGUGCAGUGUUCAGUCAGCAAGGAAGUGGCAAGAGCGGGCGUGGGCCUGUGUCUGCACUGAGCUCUUAACUCGGCUUCUCGCUCUAACACUGCAUUCUGUUUCUCCUCUUGUGCCCUGAUUGUAACCCAAAACUUACAAACUAGAAGAGAAUGUCCAGUUUAAUAAGUUGCAUUUUUUUUCCUUAAGCACUUUAUUCAGAACAAUCCAUGUUCUUCUGAUAGUGUUUGGUUAAUAUGAUUUUAACACAUGCUAAUAAAAGCCAAGAAAAACACGGCAACUUCUAAAA